AUGGGUUACUUUGGCCUUGUGCUUCUGAUGCUGUGGACUGUUGGAACUGAGGCACAGUAUAAUCCUAAUCAUGCACACCACCAAUGUUCCAGGCUGAGCCCCUUACCGUGCUGUCCCCACGGGUUUCCUCUACCCCGGGUCCGCUGUCCUAUGGCUCGUUGUCCCAUGGGUUUCUCCUGCCACACCCACGUGUUAAACAGAUGGGGUGUCUGCUGUCGGACUACACUCGUCAUUAACCAGAUGCAGACUCGGAAUACAGGUAAACGGAUUAGACAGGUGCCAAGUACAAUGUUGAGCGUUGCCCGCCCAAUGCCCCGAAACGUGCAGACGUGUACAGCACAGAGUAAUCGCCCCUGCUGUCAGUUCGGUCAACCGUUGCCAAGGAUCGACUGCCAGACACAGCGUUGUCCGAAUGGCUACACUUGCUUUACACACGCGGCUGGCCAAUGGGCAGUCUGUUGUGCAAUGUCCCAGCAACAAACCUCAAGGACAGUUGUAAUGGUUGCCGGACCACUUGGUAUUGGUCAAUCCGGUCCCGGGGCCCGUCCCGGUCAAGCGCCAGUCGCCCCGUCCAUCCCACAGGAGCCACAAAUUAUUGAAAUAACGACAUGUUCUAACGACAGUCCGACCCCAUGUUGCCCCUCUGCCACGCCCAUUCCGGGGUCUGAUUGUCGGUUUGGGUCAUGUCCAGCUGGAUCCACGUGUAACGUACACGUAACGGACGCAUGGGCAGUCUGCUGUCCAGCCCCUGGACAGCCUAGACCAGCUUGUAGUCGGAGGAGCAACGUCGCGUGUUGUGAGGCGGGACAGCCCCUCGCUGGAAUCCAGUGUCGUGUGCAGGCCUGUCCCCCCGGGUACACAUGUAACUCUCAUAUCAACAACCGCUGGGCCGUGUGCUGUCAGGACACUAACACCGCUGCUACGACACAGACUUGCAGUGUGAAUAAUGCCAACGCUUGCUGUCCCCGAGGGGAGAUGGUUCCCGGGACCCAGUGUCGGACACGCCCAUGUCUCAAUAACCAGUACUGUCACUCCAACCCCCAAGGCCUUUGGGCUGUCUGUUGUCAGGACACAAACGGCUCCCCAAUAGGAGUACAACCACCAGCUCUGGUCCCUGUCCCAUCGUGCACCGUCAACAGCCCAACUCCUUGUUGUAGUCGGGGUGAGCCCCUCAACAGAGCUCAAUGUCAGACGAGAGGUUGUCCUGUGGGGUACACGUGUACUGAAAGCACGGUGGCCGGAUGGACAGCCUGUUGUCCAACCGAGCAGACACCGGCCCCAGUUCCUGUGACAACGACCAACACGUGUUCCAGACAGAGCCCUCGCCCUUGUUGUAGAAGGGGUAAUCCGCUUCAGCAGUGCCAGUUUAAGAAAUGUCCAUCCGGGUUCGAGUGCCACACCCACAUCACAAAUGCAUGGUCAGUUUGCUGUGCCGAAAUCGUAAAUGCAGUUCCUCAGGUCGCUGUCAGGCCAGCGUCACCUGGCCAAUGCAGUCCUCAGAGUGUUCAGCCAUGCUGUGCAAUAGGACGCCCAGUACCGGGCAUAGACUGUCGCACACAGAGCUGUCCAUUUGGCUACACAUGUUCUACAAACCCAAUGGGACUGUGGGCUGUCUGUUGUACUCAGCUCACGUCGUAA